AUGCUUAAAACGAGAUAUGUACCUUCCUUCGGUCGUCACUAUGAAUGCACAAUUACCGCCCAGGAAAGGCCGUACCAAUAUCGUCCUUCGCGCACACAGCAACUACAGAACCCGAAAUUGCGGCCGCAGCUUUCAACAGAAACUCCGAAUGAUCUAUUGCGCUCGCAAGGCGUCGCCGAUGAUCUUCUGGCAAAACGGGAAGAAGAGCGGGGCCGCAAAAGAGACAUAGAUGAAUCAGAUCCCCUGGAUAAUCAAGGCCAGACAUCAAAGCGGGCUCGGUCAGCGUCUUCGCAUUCUGUCAGCUCUGUGUCUACGAUAUCUACAAGCCGAUCCCAUUCGCAGUCCCCACCUCGUCGUAGGGAAUUCAAUACGAGAAAUGAGCCUCACCGGACGAAGUCGACGUCUUCUCACCAUGAAAAGCUGAGAAAGAGACGGUAUAGCGACUCAUCUUCUAGCCAUUCUGCCCAUUCUUAUUCGUACGGGGGGAAAGACCGCGCUCGUUCCAGAUCACGGGAAUGGACGGAUGACAGGAACACUAGACGAAGGCGUCGAGAGUCUAGCCCUGAGGAGCGUGGGCGAGCAAGAAACUUGUCAAGAGAUGGUAGCCGGAGAGGUAGGACCCGAAGCCAGAGCAUUGACCAAGGCCGAAUUAUAAGGGAAAGACGGUCCGUGACACCUGAAACGAUGCAUGACCCCAACCGCCCUAGAAGACUUUCGAGGGACACGUUCAGGCAUUCAGGUCAUUCAGAUGGCCGUUACAGUCGAACGCAUGAUGAGCGGAGUGGGCAUAGCCAAGGUCACACUGUACCUCAGCCUCGAAGGGAGCGGAGUCUCAGCCCCUACAGUAAACGUCUUGCAUUAACCCAGGCCAUGAAUAUCGGCGGUCCGGGUAUGUAA